GCAAAUGUCACCCUCUUCUCUUGAAACGCACCACCCCUACCAUAUUGACUCAUACUGAGAGGUAAACUCCCCACAAUGGCAGACCAGGAGGAAGAGCUUCAACUCUUCAGUCAGUGCAAAGUCUGUAUAAUAUGCUCCAAAGAUCUUAGUGCCGAUACGGCACAUCAGCUUGCAUCCACAGUCGAAGAAUAUGGCGGUGAAACUGUCAUAUACGAACCGCCAGCCACCUUCCCACCCCUCUCUGAAUUCACCCACCUUCUGUCCUGCACGGUCGACUUCCCUGCAUUCGAUGCGGCCAGCGAUGCUUUGAUACCGGUCGUCAAGCCCCAUUGGCUGCAUGCAUGUCUUUCAAAGAGAAAGCUGGCCAACCCGCGGCAAUAUAGUCCGGACCCGAGACUGUUCCUGAACGAUGUGGUGAUCACUUGCGGUGAUAUACCGGGUGGCGAUAAGGAGGCUAUAAUCGGAGGUGUACUGGCAAAAGGAGGAAUUUACAGCCCCAAGGUCUCUCAGCAGGUCACGCAUCUGGUUGAUUUGACCGCAGACUCUGAUAAGGCUCGACUGGUCGUUGCGAAGAAGUUGAAUAUCAAGAUAGUGCUUCCGCAUUGGUUUGACGAUUGCCUAAAGCUUGGAAGAAGGAUUGAUGAGCGUCCAUAUACCCUUCCAGACCCGGAAAUUUUACGUGCAGCUCCAGAUGCGCCCAUACGCUCCUCAGAAAAUCGUGACAUCAUCGGCGCAUCCACGACAAAUCCAGCUACCCUACCUUCAUCAGUCAAAUCGCCCGAGACGCAGCCCAGCCUUACCGUAUUUCAAGACAAGCAUGUCAUGCUCUCCUCGGACCUUGGCAUCGGGCCUCGUCUACUCGGAUCGAUCGAAGAAAUCAUCAAUAAUGGCGGGGGCUCUGUCACAACAGAUGUCUCCAAGGCGGACAUCCUGAUCUGUCGCUAUAGAGAAGGGUUCGCAUACCGCACGGCAUCGAGGCUGAACAAGGACGUCGGAAACCUAUCAUGGCUUUACCACAUGAUGACUUACAACACUUGGACGUCUCCCCUACGGCGAUUACUACACUACCCCGUAUCGCGCUCUGGGAUCCCGGGCUUCAAGGGAUUCAAGGUCAGUCUGUCCAACUAUGUUGGAGAGGCUAGAGCCUACCUGGAGAAUUUGAUUACUGCAACGGGCGCAGAGUGCACGAAGACGCUGAAGCAAGAAAACACCCAUCUUGUGACUGCCCAUGGGAACAGCGAGAAAUGCGCCGCUGCAAAAGAGUGGGGGUUGCACGUUGUCAACCACCUGUGGCUGGAAGAGAGCUACGCAAAAUGGAAACUACAACCAGUAUCUGAUCCUCGCUACACCCACUUCCCCAAGAGGACGAAUCUAGGCGAAGUUGUUGGACAGACCAGGCUGGACAGGUCGAUCCUUGAGAGCCUAUUCUUCCCGUCUGAGACGCAAGCCCGAGUCACGGCCAGCCCUCGACGAGCGAUGCAGACCAAGGAACAGAAUACCGUAGCUAAGUCAACGGAUACCAUGCAACCACCAUCAGCAAAGGUGACAGAAUCCGAGAGCGAAGUACCACCACCACAGAGUGCGACACCGCGUCCAGUCGGCAAAUCGCGGAAGGCUGGCGAAACCCCGAAAUUACAGACGCCGCGUGCUCGGCUUGCAUCUGAAGGCAAGGAAAAUGAAACGCCAUCGACGACAAGCAGCCGUAGGUCGAAGGAUGCCGCAACCGCUCGACUGCAUGAGAUCGCACCGGAUAUUGCCUUGUAUGAAAAAGAGAAGAAGCGUGUUGGUGGUGUGAUUUAUGGUGGUCGACGGAAGACCGAUGAGGAUCGGGUCACACUCAACAAUAGCAAGAAGCGACGGUCAAUGGAGGCGGGGGAAGAGAGCGACGAAGAGGAUACGACGGAAGCAAAGAGGCAGAAGAAGUCGAAGCCUCCUGUCGCAAUGCACCUCUUAAUUACAGGGUACCAAAAAUGGGUUGGAAACGCGAAGAAGGAAGACUCAGAUAAGCGCCAACUUCGUGAUCUUGGUGUCCUGGUUGUCCAAGAUGCUCGGAGAUGCUCCCAUCUUGCGGCUCCAUCCAUCCUACGAACCCCCAAGUUCGUCAAUGCGCUCGCAUACGGCCCGGUGAUUAUGAACAUUGAAUUUAUCACGCAGUGCCUCAAACGGGACGAACUUCUGGACCCUGCAGAUUUUCCCCUGAAAGACGAAGCCUCCGAGAAGAAAUACGGAUUCUCUCUGGAAGCAGCAAAAGCAAACGCCAAGCAGAACAAAAACAAGCUCCUGCGCGGGUACCAGAUCUAUUGUGUGGAAACGAUUCGUGGCGGGUUUGAUGCGUUCAAAUCCAUUGUGGAUGCCAAUGGAGGAGAGUGCUCCCUAUUCCGCGGCCGUGUUUCGUACCGGUCACAGCGGGAGGAGAGCGACGAGAGCUCGGGAGACGACGAUCGCAGCCGGAAGGAGACAUAUUUGCUGAGCAGCACUGCUGUAGACCACGUCAAGUUGUGGCCGCGGUUCCGCCAGAUGGUACUGAGCACAGGCAAAACGCCGCGGAUUGUCCGCGUGGACUGGCUCCUUGAUAUUGCCAUGUCACAAACGUCGCAUACAGCAGAUGCAUAUGAGCUGAAUGAGGACAUGGCGGAAGACAUGGAGCAGUAGUGGUAUCAGAUUGGUGUUAGGAGUGCUCGAUGACAUAUUUGCUUGUAUUGGCGGCGGAUAUUCGCAUAGCUCUUUCGGGGUCAUUGCCUAGAUUUUGUAUGUAUAACCCUUACUUUCAUAUGAAGAUAGUUGCCCAUCCACAGCGUUUCCCAAGGACAUUUAUGAAUCAAUGAAUCGAGAGCGGCGCCAUCUCCUUAAAAGAACUUGACACCCUCUUGGCCCUCACCACCGAAGACCUGUGCUUUUCCUCGUUUCACGAGAACAUUAAGGGACUUGAGCAUCACAUCCGGAUCCAUCCCAUGCCAUUCUUGCGACAUCGUAGCCUCCC